AUGUCCCAAUCCAUCUCCCAACCCCAGACAACCCCCGACCUAACCCUCUCCUCCCUCGACUCUUCCCCUCCAAUCGCCUCCACCGCGCACCUAAGUCACGUCUCCUACCUGUUCGGCUACCCAAUCGCACACUCCCUCUCGCCUCUCCUCCACAACACCAUAUACAAGCAUCUGAACCUCUCCUACGCCUACCACCUCUACGAAACCCGCUCUCUCGCGUCAUGUCUCGCGCUAACCCACAGCCCGAAAUUCUUCGGCGCCGCAGUCACCAUGCCGCACAAAGUAGCCAUCAUCCCCUACCUCGACGUCUUGACGCCCGAAGGAGAAGCCAUCGGUGCUAUCAACACUAUAUUCCUGAGAAACUCGCCUGAUGGGCGGAGAUUACUUUGCGGGACGAACACAGAUUGCAUUGGGAUCCGAGAAGCUAUUCUGCAGAACGUGUCUAAAGAGGCAGCUAAAGAAAUGGAAGGGAAGCCGGGGAUGGUUAUCGGUGGCGGUGGCACGAGUAGAGCGGCUGUGUAUGCGCUGAAGCAUUUUUUGGGGUGUGGUGAGAUUUAUUUGGUUAAUAGGGAUAAGCGAGAAGUUGACCAGGUCAUUGCCGAGUGUGAGAGUAAGGGGUUUGGUGAGGGGUUAAGAUUUGUGGGAAGUGUAGAGGAGGCAAAGAAGCUGCAGGCGCCGAGGCUAGUCAUUAGUGCUAUUCCGGACUUUGAGCCAAAGACAGAGGAGGAGAUUAUGACGAGGAGGGUUAUCGAAACGAUGUUGGGGAAAGAGGAGAAAGGCGAGAUUUUGGAGAUGUGCUAUCAUCCGAGUCCGGAUUCGGCUAUCGCAAGGAUUUCCCAGAGGAGCGGGUGGCAGGUUAUUGGAGGUGUAGAGGCUAUGAUUUGGCAGGGCUUGGAACAAGACAAGAUUUGGUUGAGGAGGAGGAUUAGCACAUUGCCUGUUGAGAAGGUGAAAGAGGUUAUUGCUGCUAAAUUGUCAAAACCGAAGCUUUGA